AUGGGAAUUUUCAAACCAAAAGCCUGGUUAUCUGUUGCCACUGAUCUGGACACGGUAGAAUCGAGCUCCUAUAAGGAAGCUCUCUUACACCCUAAAUGGCAUUGUGCCUUGCUUGAUGAGUAUGAGGCACUCAUUCAAAACCAAACAUGGUCCAUAAUUCCUUUACCCCAAAAUCGUAAAGUUAUUGGCAGCAAAUGGGUGUUUCGACUCAAACAUAAUCAGUCAGAUGAAAUUGAUCAUUUUAAGGCCCAACUAGUCGCUCAAGGUUUCAGCCAAGAUUAUGGUAUUAACUACUUUGAAACGUUCAGCCCAGUUGUCAAGCCUACUACAAUCCGAAUUGUUCUAUCCAUCGCACUAUCAAACAAUUGGGCCAUUAGAUAG